AUCCCUAAAUGUAAUAAAGAAAAGUGUUAAAUAUAAUUGCAAAUAGAAAGAUACUGCCGCUAGUCGUAUUCGCACAGCCUCCACACCGUGGCAGUUGGUUUCUCGUGUCCCUCCAACUGACUAUGGAGAGAAAUUCAGCAGCUCAUGCCAUGGAAUGGAGCAUCGACUUAGAAAAAGGUCUUCGCUCCAAGUUACCAGGUCGCUCUGCGAAAGCCAUUCAACAGUUCGGACCCAGACUCCUGCGCUGGAGUCUCGAGCCGGCACCGCCCACACUGGCCGCAUGCCACAUGUUCGACCUAAUUCCCGGGGAGGAUCGUCUCUUCGCCAACGCCAUUCUCUUGCGCCUUGCCGAUGCUUUCAAGUCUGGAGACGAACACACCAAACUUUGUGUUGUUAAAGUGUUUUUAACGGAGUAUAGGCACCGUGACAAACGCAAAGGGAGACGAUAUAAAGGGCUGCUGUCCAAGGGAAGGGUCUGCAACCACAUUGAGUUGCUGACUCGAGUCAAGGUUGUAUUUGACAAUGGCGAUUCUAAUUCCAAGGCUCUAGCUUUGGCUCUCUUUGGUUGUUGGGCAGAUUUCGCCAAGGACAGUGCUCACAUUCGCUAUUUGGUGCUUUCAAGUUUGGUCUCUUCUCAUCUUUUGGAGGUAAAAGCCGCUCUUUUUGCUGCUGGAUGCUUUUGUGAGUUAUCAGAUGACUUUCCAUGUAUUGUCUUGGAGAUUCUGGUUAAUAUGAUGAGUUCGACUCAAACCUUGUUGCCUAUUAGAUUGGGUGCAGCUAAAGUCUAUGCGAAAAUGAGAUAUUCAUAUUCAACUGCAAUUAGAGCUUAUAAGACAGGUCUAAAGCUAGUAUUAGACUCCCCAGAAGAAAAUUAUCAGAUGACAAUGUUGCUGUCACUGUCAAAAAUUGCAUCAACAUUAUCAGUUCUGAUAUCUGACCAGAUUGGCUUUCUUUUCUUGUUUCUCAGCCCAGAUAAGACUUUGAGACUGCAAGAAACUGCACUAAAAUGCCUUUGUUUUAUGUUUAAUAAAGGAAUAUCCCACUUUUCUGCUAAUGCAAAUCUGGCUGAAGCAUUGUUCAGCACCCUUGGUGAAUCUUUAGUUCCAGCAAACAUUCAAUGCGUUUCUUUAAGGGUUUUGCAUAAGAUGGUUCUGAACAUGCACAGUCUACCCAGUGACGUACUUGAUCUUGAUAAACUGUUGACUGUUGCUGAGAAUGCAUCCCUGUCUCCAUUUAUGUCAAAGAGCCUGCUGGCUGUUUGUAUUCUAGUUGACAUAUCAAAUAAAUUCAAAGGAAGAAGAGAUAUUGGUUCCAACUGGUCAUGUCCUUCAAUUACAUUCAUGGUGAUUUCGCUAAUCUUUAAUUGGAUUACCUUGCUGGUGAAGCCACUGUUCAAUACUUGUCCUUCUGAUUCUGCAGUGUUUCAAGAAGUUAGUAACUUAUUCAAUCUUCUUCUUUCUAUAGUUCGUGCACACCCAGAUUCAGUUGUCAUACUUCUUGAUCGGAUUUUUGUAUUUUUGAAAUACCUUUCCAAUGUGAACGACAAUACUGUGACUACAACUCAAAUAGGUACCUCAGUUUAUAAGAAUGUUAACAGGAAGGGAGAAAAGAGCACAGUAAUCAGAUUGAAGCUUGUUUAUAAAAUUUAUAGGUUUAUGGUAACCUGUCUUGAAAUUCAAAGUAAAGAAGCCAGUGUUGUCACUAUGAUUGUAUUUGACAAAGUGAAGCUUAUGGUUGAACAUGUAUGUGAAAGCAAAGUUUUUGAUAGCUAUACACACACAAUCUACUCUCUAUUGUUACAUUCUCCUGUCAUUUGGGGUCACAGUAUGAAUAAGAGUGAGGACAGUUGCAAUCUUGACAAAAUAUCAGGUAUAUUGCAGCAUAAGUACUCAGUGGAGCAUGAAUUGGUUACACUUGAAUUUGCAAAGAAGAUAUUGGCAGAAAAUAGGAAUUGGUUGGCUUACAAAGUUGGAAUGUAUUCUGCAUGUCAGGGUACAUGGCUCACAUCUUCUUUCAUAUUUCAGCAGCUAAUUAUGCUGGUUCAUUCUGAUUCCUGCAGUCACUGGUUAAAAUCACUAUUUCAAUUUUGUAAAUCUGAAGAAAAAGUUAUGUUGCUGAGUUUGGAAAAUCAAGGUUCCUUAGCAGACCAAUUAGUGAAAAUCAGACCCAAUAUUUCAAAUUGCUGCAAUGCUUUAGGUGAAACUGGCCAUGAUGGUACCAAUAGUUUUUGUCAAGCCAAUUGUAGUGAGGUGAUUUUUAGUGCUUACAACAGUCUUUGCUCCUCGAAGGAAACAUUAGAAGUUAAUGUUACAUGCCAAGCAUUUUUUUUUCAGCGAUGGUUUCUGUCUUUACGAGCAAAAACAUUAAGAUGUGUGGGGGAUGUUCUUAAAACUCUAGGUGCUAUUCCAUUUGUCUGGGAAAGCGGUAAUGACAGUGGGCAGGUUGAGAAAAGUUCCAUCGUUGAUUGCCUGUUCUCUUUAGAACAAAUCACUCAGGUGUCUCUGAGGUUGGAGAGGCUGGCAAAGGAAUUUGAUCUAUUUAGCGCAUCCUUCAUAGACAUGGACAGUGAAAGUUCGAAAAUCAUUUCAGGCCUUGCACUCAGUACAUCGCUCCUCGCCUUUAUAACCGGGUUUUCUCUUUUCAUUCCUAACCUUCAUGAUACUUGUUUGAAAAGCUCAACAAACAAUUUACGUGCUCAUCUAUUACAAAACCUAGCUGGGAGGUUGUUGCACAUAGACCAUGAGGUCAGUACAAAAAUCUAUCAGAUCACGAAUACCAAUGACCACACAAAUGUAGAUUGCUGUAACAUGCAGUUCAGAAAUCAAGCCUUGAACUUUGGUUGUGAAGCAAGAGAUGUUCUUAAUAUUUGUCGUGUUGCUGUGUUUGAUAUAGCUUGCUUGCGAAGUGAGGCAGAUGGAACUCUUACAGAUAAAGAUACAUACCGAAUUACUAAGAAUGCUUUACAACUUAUAUUCAAAAUUCUUAUCAAAUGGAUGAAAAUCCCUUCCAGGACCCCCAAGUACUUUUUUCGGUUAAGGCCUUGCAUUGGGUCAGAACUCUUUGCUGUCAAUGUCGCAAAAAAUGCAGAUGGAAUUUUUGUUGCACAAGGUGGCAGCCUUUCUUUAAGUCUCUGUCUUCAGCUAAGAAAUGUUCCCACAGAUCUUCCAGUUCGGCCCAUUAAGUUGUAUGGCAUGCUCUACUGCAGAGUAUCCUUUCAGGAGCCAAAACCAAUUCCAGAAAAUAAGGAGAAAUCUAGAAGCAGUUAUCAAGUUUGGGAAACUGACGACAUAGUAGAAAUGAAUGAAAAACUUCUACAUUACGUGACACAGUGUGGUACAAAAAAUACGAUCAAUACUAAGCAUGCUAGCGGCAUUAUUGAACAUGGGUUUGCGAACACAUUUGUUUGUUUGGAACCAGAUGAGAGAGGACAGGGAUUCUCAAGUUGCUUGCUUGACAUUUCUAGAUUUUCCACAGGUUCUUACAGAGUUAAAUGGCUCAGCUGUUUUAUUGAUGAUCAUGGCACAUAUUGGAGUGUCCUCCCUUUGAAUGCCGGACCUGCAUUUACCAUUUACUAACUGUUACAGAUGUAGUAAAACAUGCAAGUUUUUGUUACCAUUAUGUGAAGCUUUAUCUAUCAAGCUAAAUAGAUUACAAUGAUGGAAUUUAUUGAUGUGUGCUACAUUUUAGAAAUCAAUUUGUGAUGAUUUUCAAUUAUUGGACA